UGAUCGCGCAAGAGACGUGCCGUUUCGCUGUCUUCAACAGCGAGAAAUGUGCUCAGGUGACUUAAAAGUGCUUUAAAGUCGCGAAGAGUGUGUGGCUUUUUCGAAGAAUUUCUCCGCAACAUCUCACUUUUCGCUGGAUGUGAGAGAUUAAUAAAGGCGUCAGUUGCAUUGCGAAUAAAGCGUGAAAAGUGCAAAUAUUAAUUUCACUUUCAGACCCACAAUUAUAUAAGAGUUUAUGUGAGGAAUAAGUGAUUUUUGUGCCUUAUCAGCAUCUGCCGAGCGUCUUGACGCACGCAAACGUUGCCCAGAGUGUCAUCCGCAAUUUGAAUUGCAGAGAGAGAUGGUUUUGCGUCACGCACUCUGUACGCAUGAUAAGUAACAUUGACCUUAGAGUCGGACGGUUGUAAAUAUACGCGAUAACCUGAGUGAAAGUAUUUUGUUUUGGCAAGAAAUACCAAAGUACAGCAGUGAUUUCCGUGUUUACUUUCACAGCCAACAAGCUUGUCUUCCGACGUGUGUCCAUCUAUUAUGCUGCGAAGCGCAUAACUCAGCGAUCGGCAUACAAAGCAAGCGCGCACAACAAUGAAGACUGCACCAAUUGUGUAUGUCAUCUUUGCCUUAAUAACAUGCACAAUUGGCCUGGCUCUGGCGCCAGCCCAAGUGGCUGAGAUUGCGGCGAGCACAGGGCAGUUGUCGAAUAAACUGAAGGAAACGGCGGCGUGGCGGCGCAUUAUGCAAUCCGGCGGCCUGGUGCGGAUUCUGCCGGCGCGCGCAAUGGAGGUGGUGCGAGAGGUCGUGGGGUCACUCAGGAACGAAGGCCGCGUGGUUUUGGCGACGCCGAAUGGCAUUCUUCGCGGGCGGCAUCAACCCUACAAGUCCGGCGUCGCCGGCUCAUACUACAGCUUCCGCGGCGUGCGAUACGGACAAGCGCCCAGCGGCGCGCGAAGAUUCCGAGCCGCGCUGCCGGAAAAGCCAUGGAAGGGCAUUCGAUUGGCUGUGCGCGAGGGAAGCACGUGUCCACAUCGCAACAUUCUCCUUGACACAUUCAAAGGCGACGAAGAUUGCCUCUUUCUCAACAUCUACACACCCGAAUUGCCAAACCGAACGCGCCACCCUCAGCUUCCUGUCAUGGUAUGGAUUCACGGUGGUGGUUUUGCAUUUGGCUCAGGCAAUUCUUUUCUCUAUGGGCCAGACUACCUAGUCGCCGAGGGCAUUGUGCUCGUGACCAUUAACUACCGACUGGGACCCCUUGGAUUCCUCUCGGUGGGUGGCGAUGCGCCCGGCAACGCCGGCCUCAAGGAUCAGGUCUUGGCGCUAAAGUGGGUGCAAGAGAACAUCGCCGCUUUCGGCGGCGAUCCGACAGAGGUGACGAUCUUCGGGGAGUCCGCCGGAGGAGCGUCAGUGCAGUAUCUGAUGCUCUCUCCCAUGGCCACGGGACUCUUCCAUCGCGCCAUCUCGGAGAGCGGCUCGGCGCUGUCGCCCUGGGCGCACGCGGUGCGGCCCAAAGAGAGGGCAUUCAAGCUGGGACAAGUGCUGGGCCUGAGCACCAACAGCACGGAGGAAUUGCUGGACUUCCUGCGCAAAGUCCCACCGCGGAAGCUGAUUGAUGCGUCCGAGGAGACGCUGACGGCGGAAGACGCCAGAAAUAACAUCGGCCUGCCUUUUGUGCCGUCCAUUGAGGAGAAUAUCGACACGUGGGACGAAGCAGAUCCUGAUGUGUCUCACGAUGAACCAUUCCUCACAGAGCCGCCAAUUGACUUGCUGAAGAGAGGAGAUUUCCACAAGAUUCCCUACAUCACGGGCUUCAAUUCGCACGAGGCGAUGCUCUUCCUGAGAAGACUCAGAAAGGAUCCAAAUCUCUUGGCGGCCUAUCAGAACGACACAACGCGCGUUGUGCCGACCGAUAUGCAAAUUCCCGGCGGCCGGGAUUCGCCAGAGGGUCAAAUAGUGGCGGGAAGCGUGCGCCAAUUCUAUUUGGGGUCACGGCCAAUUACGCAAGACACCAUCAAUGAGCUGAUAGACAUGUGGACGGACCUGAUGUUUGUGCGCGGCAUCGUGACCUCUGCGCGGCUGCACGGAGCCGCGCGAAAUGCCACAACUUACCUGUAUAGGUUCGCAUUCGACGGCGCCCUCGGCCUGUACAAGCGCCUCCUGGGCAUCUCGCGUCCCGGCGUAUGUCACGGCGAUGAGAUUGGCUACCUCUUCCACUUCGGCUUCUUCAACCUCAGCCUGGACAAGGCGUCGCCCGAGAUCCAAGUGAAGAAGCGCAUGGUCUCCAUGUGGACAAAUUUCGCCAAAUACGGCGUGCCAACGCCGAUGGGCGAACAAGACGCCGACUUCCGCGUCAACUGGGAGCCUAUUCUGCAGAAGGAAGGCAACGACUUGCCAUACUUGGACAUCACAGAUCGACUGGAGAUGAGGAUGAAUCCCGAAGGGCAGCGCCUCAAGUUCUGGGACGACAUGUACGCAAAGUACAAUGGAAAUGAGAUAAACUGAGAUUU